AUGUUGGUAAAAGACCCUAAAUCCUUUAAAGAAGAGAACUUGAAACAAAUAUUACCUGUCGAAGUUCAGCGAGAACCAUUAGAAGAAGAAUUAGAGGAAAUUAAAGAAUUUCAUUUUCAUGUUUAUUUCUUUCAGAAAAAUCAAAAACAACAAGAAUCAGCAUUAAAAUUAAGAGAAAAGAUUAUCGAGUUAACUGAAAAAGGAUUCUUCCAUCCAGUACCCUUUCAGAAUGUUAAUUAUACUCCAGUUGGACCUCAUAGUAUUGGAUCAUAUGAAGUAUGGUGUCCUAAAGAACACUUUUCACGAGUGUACUCUUGGUUCAUAUAUCAUCGUGGCAUACACUCAGUACUCAUCCAUCCUUUGACCAAAGAACAAUUAUUGGAUCAUACUGAUCGUGCGGCAUGGAUGGGUACUCCAGUACCAUUAGAUGUUAAAAAGUUGACACCAGUUUUACAAAAGACACCUGCGCAAUAUCCAGAAUUAAAGUUAGGGUACAGUGCACCUCCGGAAGAUAAUCGAAGAUAA